UUCCAUUUGCCAUCUCUCACUUUGUUAGAGUUAUAGAGAGAGAUGGUGUGGUUUGGGUGUUGUAUUGUGUUACUAGUGGUGGUGGGUGGCGGCAGCACAGCGGUGAUGGUGGAGGGAGCAAACGUGAGUUACGAUGGAAGGUCUCUUAUAAUUGAUGGACAACGCAGGAUUUUGUUCUCGGGUUCGAUUCAUUAUCCUCGAAGCACCCCUGAUAUGUGGCCAUCUUUGAUAGCUAAAGCCAAGCAAGGUGGUUUAGAUGUCAUACAAACCUAUGUGUUCUGGAACCUACAUGAGCCACAACCUGGCCAGUACGAUUUUAAUGGAAGAAAUGACAUAGUAAGCUUCAUUAAACAAAUUCAAGAACAAGGUUUGUAUAUAAGCCUUCGAAUAGGACCCUUCAUCGAGGCCGAAUGGAAUUAUGGAGGUCUACCAUUUUGGUUGCAUGAUGUCCCUGGCAUUAUCUUCCGAACCAACAACCAACCAUUCAAGCGUCACAUGCAAAACUUCACAACCAAAAUAGUGGACAUGAUGAAGGCAGAGAAACUGUUUGCUUCACAAGGAGGCCCAAUUAUUCUAUCACAGAUCGAGAACGAGUAUACAAGCAUUGAAGGAGCAUUUCACGAAGACGGACCAAGAUACGUCAACUGGGCCACAGAAAUGGCGGUCGGUCAAAACACAAGUGAACCAUGGAUGAUGUGCAAGCAAGACGAUGCACCUGAUCCUGUGAUCAAUACUUGCAACGGGAUGAGAUGCGAAGAAACAUGGAGGGGCCCAAACUCUCUGAAAAAGCCUUCACUAUGGACCGAGAAUUGGACUUCUUUCUUACAAGCGUAUGGAGAGAACGCACUCGUGAGAAAACCCCAAGAUCUCGCCUUCCAUACAACACUAUUCAUCAUAAAGAUGAACGGAAGCUUUGUAAACUACUAUAUGUACCAUGGGGGAACAAACUUUGGACGGACGGCUGCAUCUUAUAUCAUAACGGCUUAUUAUGAUCUAGCUCCUCUUGAUGAAUAUGGUAUAAUCAGACAACCAAAAUACGGCCACCUCAAGGAUAUGCAUGCAGCAAUUAAGCUAUGUUCACAGGCGUUACUCUAUGGACAGUUAACGAUUGAAAAUUUGGAUCAAAAUCAAGAUGCGUAUGUCUACAACAUAAGUUCAGGUGAAUGUGCCGCUUUUCUUGUUAACAACAGUAGCAGAGAAAGUGUGGUCGUUUUUCGGAAUUCCACAUACAGUUUACCAUCAAGGUCGAUUAGCAUUUUACCUGGCUGCAAAACUACAGCCUUCAAUACUGCCAUGGUAAGCACACAAGUUAGUAAGCGAUCAAUGCAGCCGAUCACAAGAUUUGAUUCAGCUCAACAAUGGGAGGAAUUUCGUGAAGUUGUUCCUCAAUUUGACCAAACCAAAUUGAGGUAUGAUGGAUUGCUAGAACAAACAAAUGCUACUAAAGAUACAUCCGAUUAUCUUUGGUACACUAUCAGGAUGCAGCAGAACUCCUCAGAAGCUCAGUAUACUCUAAGAGCGAAUACUCGUGGACAUGUUUUACGUACGUAUGUUAAUGGAGAUCUCGUGGAUUCUGCACAUGGAAACCGUAAAGUUUCAAAUUUCACAUCCGAAAGCACCAUUUCUUUAUCAACCGGAAUCAACAACAUUUCCUUCCUGAGUGUAAUGGUUGGAUUGCCGGAUUCAGGAGCUUAUAUGGAGAGUAAACGUGCAGGGUUACAUGAGGUGCUGAUUCAAGAUGUCAACAUCACAAGCUACUCAUGGGGAUAUCAGGUGGGAUUGGUCGGAGAGAAGUUAUCGGUUUACAAUGAAGGCCCGAGUAACAUCUCAUGGAGCCAGUACUCGUCUCCUCAUACCCUAACAUGGUACAAGACCGUAUUCGACUCCCCUAAGGGCGACGAACCGAUUGCACUAAACCUUGGUUCAAUGGGGAAAGGUGAAGCUUGGAUCAAUGGAAAAAGUAUUGGAAGAUUUUGGGUCUCGUUUAAGACUAAUGUAGGCUCUCCUUCUCAGACAUGGUACAAUGUACCACGUUCAUUCCUUAUACCAACGGGGAACCUACUUGUUUUGUUCGAAGAAGAAUAUGGAAAUCCGCUAAAUAUAUCAUUAGAUACUGUUUCAAUCAACAAAGUUUGUGGACAUGUAUCAGAUUCACAUCCCCCUCCUUUAAAAUCAUCGGAACCUCGAGUUCUACAGCUAUGGUGUCCCCAUCAACGAAAUAUCUCCAAGAUUAUAUUCGCAAGUCAUGGUAACCCUUUAGGGAACUGUGAAAGUUACUCCAUUGGGAACUGUCAUUCGGCUAGUUCGCAACAGACUGUGGAAAAGGCUUGUUUGUGGAAAAGGGAAUGCUCAAUUUCUCAUACAACAGAAAAUUUUGGUGGAGACCCGUGUCCAGGAACCCUCAAGACGCUUUUGGUGGAUGCGAAGUGUGAAUAA